UUCCGAAGCAUCCCUCCUGCUCACCCUGACCUGCUCCGUCCACCAUCUGCAAUGGAGACGGCCGAACGCAGUUCCACGGAGUCGAGGCGCGCACACGCUUGACAUCGAUUCAAACAAGCGGCAGCACGCUACGCCUGACUCGCGCGUGAAGCGCUGGCAACAAAAUCUGGCACGCAACACAGCGCCCCCGCUGGCUGGCCGUCCCCUGCCUACUCCACCGACCGACUGCUCCGGCUUCUUCUGCCACCAUCCCUCCUGCUCACCCUCGACUCCUCUAUUCACUAUCGGCAAACUGCUGAUCGCGGCGUCACGGAAAAAAGGCGCGCACACGCUUGCCAUCGAUCAAAACAAGCGGCAACGCGCCAAGCUUGACGACCAUUCGGACGACCUGGCAGCACAUUGCUUUGCAGGUGGGAGUAGGGAGGAGGAAGAGGAGGAAACCGCGGGGGGGGGAGGGGGGGGUGCGAGGGCCCGCGCCGAUCGGCAAAACAGUGAACAAGGAAUCGAUCACGAGGCGUCAAGAGUGCACGGCCUGCUUUCCCCCCUCUGCAGGCGAAGCGCGCCGCACAGGCUUUUCCUCUUCUGCGUGUCGUGGCGGGGCGGGCGGAGCCCAGCUGCCUGGGCCGCGUCUUCUGCGACGGCCGCUCGGCCGAGCCGCUCCUGGGCCCCACAGCCUGAAGACGCUCCUAGUGCCACCCGCUGCGGCCCCCACCAGCAGACCCAGGAGGAGGAGGAGGAAGGAGGAGGAGGAGGAGGAGGAGGAGGAGGGAGAGGAGGAGG